AUGACGCCUGAUAAAUUGAAUAUGAUACUUUUUACUGUUGUGGAAAACAUAUGCAAAAAGCUGAUUAAUGAGAAUUACGAGUUGAGCGAUAAAGAAGGUGAUAAAAAGGUUAAAAAGGUUAUCGAAGAAUUACCAUAUUUUGGAGUACUGAUAAACUGUUAUGAAAGCAAUGUGUUGAAUAUUCGGGUGGAAAAUGAUUAUAGCAUCAAGAAUCGAUUAGUGCUAUUGGCACUGUUUAUGGUGAUAUUGAUCUGUGAGGACAUGAUAGAUCAAGAGAUUCAAAAGAUUGAAGAUAGAAGCAAGACGAUACCUGCGAUUGAAGUCAGUGAACCAAAUAUUAUGGUUGAGAAUGGAGAUUUGAUGUUGCAAAUGCCCUAA